UCCACAGACGCCACAGACUCUUAUGGACCCAUCGAUUACCGCUAAACCCCCUUCGACAGUUGGUGAGGCUUGUGAUUACUUGUAGAUUAGGUAGUUACAAUUGCUAGUUGCGAUCAUUGCCCUUUUCACGUUUCCUCUUCCGCAUUCCAUCUCCAAAUACGCCAUCUUAGACAUAAUACAUUCUUCAACUUCAACCUACGAGGCCGUUUUGGCCUUUUUUUUACUUCUUUCGAGUUUCGUCGCUCCCCAAUUAGUCUUUUCAGCGGGAUUGAGCCGGCCCUCGAAUCGACCGAUAUCACCCCUUGCCUGCACUGCAACGUUCCAGUCGCAUCGCCGAGCCCAUCUAUUCGAUCAGCCUUUGAAUCCGCCCCCUUAGUGUUUGCCUAAAGUCUACAAUUUUCCCCCACGCCUAUACUCUGUUGACAGUCUAGCGGCGAAGAAAAAAUGCCGUCGCUCUGUGGAUUGGGAGGGUCCAAGACCGUUCAACGAAAGCUAGUACUUCUAGGAGAUGGUGCUUGCGGAAAGACAUCGUUACUGAACGUCUUCACGAGAGGAUACUUCCCGACAGUUUAUGAGCCUACGGUCUUCGAAAACUACGUUCACGAUAUCUUUGUGGACAGUGUGCACAUCGAGCUGUCAUUAUGGGAUACUGCAGGUCAAGAAGAGUUUGACCGUUUGCGAAGUCUUUCCUACGAUAAUACCGACGUCGUCGUACUCUGCUUCAGCGUAGACAGCAAAGAUUCGCUAGAGAAUGUGGAAAGCAAGUGGGUUGGUGAGAUCCAGGAGAAUUGCCCCGGCGUCAAGUUAGUUUUGGUGGCCCUGAAGUGCGAUCUGCGGGAGAACGGUGAAGAAGAUGAAGAAGGGGGUGCUAGCGGAACGGACGGUCCUCAACGAGAAAAGAAGCCGAUGAUCGACUACAACCAAGGCUUGGAUGUCGCGCGACGUAUCAAAGCAAUGAGGUACCUCGAGUGUUCGGCGAUGAGAAAUCGCGGCGUGAACGAAGCCUUUACUGAAGCUGCCCGAGUAGCUCUCAGCGUCAAACCAAGCGGCGAGGGUGAUUCCAAAUGUAUUGUCAUGUAAUAUCGAGACGGAUCCAUACCCGCAAACUCGACACGAAUUUCCUUCUUUACCGGCCGUGGACAAGCGCAGGAGUCUGGGACCAUGAGAAUAUUCCCCCUUUCUUUUUUCAGCCGUACUCAAACACAGUAUGCCAGAUUGCGUUUGACGAAUCCUAUUUUGUACCAUCUGAGGAGCCCCCUUUUUCAUGUACAUAUAUUUAUUCCCUUCGCUUCUGCGCACAUAAGUCGGUAUUUGGACUUGUUAUCUGUUUUUAUAAUUACAAGGGACGGUAUACUGCUGAUGAGAGAAUAGGACUCGGACAAGAGCCUGUUUGUUAUUUCACUAGUAUGGGUAGACGAGUGAAGCUACAACGAGAAUGGCCUUGCGAUGGCGGUAGUUAAGCCGCUCCGUCGGCUCUCGUUUUUCCUUUGUCAUGGACCGGGGAACGACCGGUCGAGUUGGUACGGACUAAGAGGAGUCAGAGACAUAGUCAAAAAGAACUAAUUGAAUUCAUUUUGUUCAGUUCAGGUGCUCCGGGUUUGACCGUUGCGUUAACCCCUUUUCGCCACGCAUGACAUAAUACAUCAGUACAGUACCUCUACCUACAGAUAAUGAUUCAGACAGCACCUUAUAUCCACCAGGCAUAUCCCAAAAAUUGUGACUUCAUCCGUCAUCGAACUCCACUGUCUUUUCCCCAUUUUAUAUUUGACUAUAUCUUAGCGUUCCUUGCUAAAUAGUCAGAUCUUUCUCAUCUAUAACAGU